ACAAAAUCAAACCGUUAGCAUAUGUUAUUUAAAUUAGUCCAUAAAUAACCGAGUCCGUCGCAUUAAUUAAAGUUUUUACAACUACGCAUGCUUCCAGUAACGAUAGAUAAGAAAAUCGCGUAAACAAAUAAGUCUCUAAAACUUUAUAUUAUUUAUAUUUUAUAUUAUUCCGUUAUCAUUCACAAUUGGUUCGUUGCUCAUUUUGAAAAGUCAUCCUCAUUGGAAUAAUGAUUAAAUCAAUUUUAAUUACCGGCUCCAAUCGGGGACUGGGACUCGGGUUAGUGAAACAAUUGUUGAGCAUUCCAAAUCCACCUGACAAGAUAAUAGCGACAUGCAGAAAUUUAGAAAACGCCAAGGAGUUGCGUGAAAUAGCCAAUAAGCAUAAAAACGUUCAUAUUUUACUAUUAGAUGUUACAGAUUUCAACUCCUAUGACGAUUUUAAGCGUAAACUUGAAAAUAUUUUGCAAGAUGAUGGCUUAAAUGUUCUAUUCAAUAAUGCUGGCACUUACCCCAGGGUGACUAAAUUAGAGUUGCUCAAUUCGUCGCACCUUGUGAACGCCUUUGUGACGAACACUGUGGCACCAAUAAUGUUAACAAAGACUCUAGUACCAUUAUUGAAAACUGCAGCUCAAAAAAACAGUGACAAACCCAUCGGCAGUGAAAGGGCAGCCAUUAUAAAUAUGUCUUCCAUAUUAGCAUCAAUUUCAGAAAACAGUUCGGAAGGCCUGUACCCUUACAAAUGUUCCAAGGCUGCUCUUAACAUGGCUACAAAAACUUUAUCAAUCGAAUUAAAGGAAGAUAACAUAAUGGCCAUUUGCCUUCAUCCGGGAUGGGUGAAAACAGACAUGGGUGGACCCAAUGCACGCUUAGAUAUUGAACCAAGCGUUAAAGGUAUUGUUGACCUUAUUCUGUCUGUCAAUAGUGAACACAACGGAGGGUUUUACCAAUACGAUGGUAAGCAAUUACCAUGGUAAAAGAAAUAAAGAAUUAAUUAAGUACGUGAUCUUUUUCAUGAUGCAUAAGUGUUAAGAAAUUUAGCUCCAAGUUCAAAUGAACAAAGAUGUUUCUUUUUUUUUGUAAUAAUUGUCCUUAAUAAAUAAACUUUAAGUUGUCAUUAG